AGCGCCAUGAGCGAGCAGUGGGACGUCGGCCGAGCCCUGGCGCUCUCCGGCCUGUUCCGUGCCCUGCAGGGCGCGGGCCGGGCCUGCGCGUCGCCAUUCCUGACGCUGUACCUGCGGCACCUGGGGCUGUCGGCCCCGCUGGUCGGGCUGGCGGCCGGGGCGCAGCGCCUGGCGGCCGCGCUGUGCGCUCCGCUCUGCGCCCGCUGCCCCCGCGCGGGCGGGAGGCGGCGGCUGCUGGUGGCCGGCGCCGCGCUGGGCUCGGUGGGGGCCGGGCUGCUGCUCACGCUCGUCCCGCCCGCCGCCGCCGGCACCCUCGGUAACGACACCCAGCAGCCGGGGCACCGAGCGGCCGCCGCCGCGGGGCCGCCCCCGGGCACCAGCAGCUACGGUGUGUUAAGCACAAGCGCUGUUACGAACGCGAAAGCUGUGUCAAAAGAAGCGCUGAAAACGACUGCUGGAGGUUUAAUAGCGAGCGGAAAGGCAACACUGAGCAGCCCAGCCUUCCAGGGGUCGUUUGGCCUGACAGAUGUGGUUGAGAAACAAGGCAGAGGGGGUGGAGAAGGUGGCACAAAGACAAAUGGGUACUUGGGUGGCCCCUCUGGCUGGACACCUCCUGUGACAGCAGUUAACUGGGAGACACAAGAACCAGAAAUGCCGGCUUCCUACGGACCGCCCUUACAUGGACUCGAGAAGGAAAUAAGCGUUCUGGGUUCUGCUGCAAGAGAUCUUGCUGGUAAUGCUGAGGAAAGGCUUUCUGCUACCAAAAGUAACAAGCUUCCUUUGUUUAAAACAACUCUUCCAACUGUUGGAGAUGCUUAUGUGUUUGGAAACCUUUCAGACCAUCAGAAAGAUGCUCAAGACAUCAGCUUCGAAGCAGUGCAAAACAUCUUUCAGAACAGAGAGCACCAGAUUUUUCUUAUGGUGCUGGGUGCUGUGGUGCUUUGGGAGCUGUUGGGUACUUCUCUCGAAUGGACAGUGGACGAGAGUCUCUAUGAAUUCCUCGACUUCGUGGAUGCGACUGACGGGUAUGGCAAGCUCUGGAUUUGGAGUUACUUGGGUGCCUCUGUAGGUGCCUGCAGCGUUGCCGUAGUCGUGGAUCAUCUGAAUUGCGUCUUCAGCAGUUCCAUCACCCGCCUCGCUGUCCAUUUCUAUGGCUAUGCUCUCCUGGUAAUGCUCUCACUGCUUGUCACCAUCUUCUUUCCCAUCCAUCUUCCCAAGGAAAGCAGCCACGUUAACAGAACGGGCAAAGCGCUGGCGCUGCUGCGGGGCGAUGGCCGGGCGAUGCUGUACGCGGCCACCGUGCUCCUCACCGGCGCGGCUGGCGCUGCCGGGCACAACUUUCUCUUCUGGCAGCUGGAGGACCGAGGCAGCGGGGAGCUGUACAUGGGGCUCUCUGUGGCCGUUGGGCUGCUUGCUGAAAUGUUGCUUUAUUUCUUCAAAGGGAAGUUGCUGAGGACUUUCUCAAGCAGCACAAUUGUCGCAAUCAGCCUCAGCCUCCUGGCAGCACAGCUUCUGUGCUACUCCUUCUUGUGGACUGCGUGGUCAGUUCUCCUCAUCCAGACUUUAUCUGCCUUCAGUAGCGGCGCUUUGUGGUGGGUUGUCAGCAUGACAGUGGAUGACAUCGCCACGCCGGGCACGGCGAGGUCCCUGCACGCUGUUCUCCAGGGCCUCUGCCAUGGUGGAGGAGCAAGCUUGGGCAGUUUUGCGGGAGGAUUUGUGGUGGAGCACUUUGGCCUGGCCGUUCUGUACAGGGCGUGCUGCGUGUGCCUGGUGCUGUGGCUCUUCCUGUUCUUAAUCGUCCAAUCUAAAUUGCCACAGCAGAAGAAAAUUAAUUAUUCUCGUCUCCUGGCUGCUGAUUCCAGUGAUGGGAGUGACUCCGACGAGGAGAACGAGAGGGACUGGCUGGUGAAAGCCAUGAAGGAUGAAAGCUUCAGUAGGAGUUGGUCACACCAGCAUGGGAUCAACUAAUCUGUACUUGAAUGUAGGGGGUGGAGUGGUGACAUGGGAUGAUGAAGAUGCCCAGAAAUGACCUUUAAAGUGCUAAAUACAUACAGUAUGUAUCUGACAGGACAGAUUUUUAUUGUUAAAAUUUUAUAAAUUUUUUCAUUUUCUCGAUUUAUAGUGUUCUUAUGGUAAUUUUGCCUUUUUAACAGAAUGAUUUUGCUUCCAGAAUCAUAAUGAGGUAUUUCCGGGUAUACAUUUGCUGAAAUGAAUGUAGCUAAGUUUUUAGUCAAAAACCAAACUUGAAUUCCUGCUCCCCAGAGCUGAUGCUGUGGAAACUGAGCAAAGCUGAGUGAAAGAUGCUGUCAUGCUGACAGCACACUGAACUUUUUCAAGGUGCUAUGUCUGAAUUCCUUCUGCUAAAUAAGGGAUGUGAAUAAAAAAAUGGUUCAUUUGCUCUCCUUUGAUUUGUAA